GGCGGCAGGAUGCUGCGGCUGCGCUGCAAGGCCAGGAGCGGCUCGUACCCGCUGCCCGGGCUCACCGCGCAUUCCUGCCUGCGCGAGCUCCAGGCCGCGCUCGCCGCCCUCACCGGCGUGCCCGUCCAGGCCCAGCGGCUGCUGCUCGGCUUCCCCCCGCGGGGCCUCGACCUCAGCGACGCGGAGCGGGGCCUCGGAGAGCUCGGCAUUCACUCGGGUGAUACUCUGAUAGUUGAAGAAGAUGCAAGCAACCUCAGGACUGAGUCUUCCAUAGUUACAAAACGGACUGCUCCUAAUUCAGUCAGGGACACACUUCCUGUGCUUGGCCGGAGAGUUGUUCCCGCAGAUAACUCAUGCCUCUUCACCAGCAUUUAUUAUGUGGUAGAAGGUGGUGUUUAUGACCCAGCAUGUGCCCCAGAGAUGAGAAAUCUUAUAGCCCAGAUUGUAGCAAGUGAUCCAGAAUCCUAUAGUGAGGCAAUACUAGGAAAGACUAACCAAGAAUACUGUGAUUGGAUCAGAAGAGACGAUACAUGGGGAGGUGCAAUUGAGGUUUCUAUUUUGUCUAAGUUCUAUCAAUGUGAAAUUUGUGUAGUGGACACUCAGACAGUAAGAAUUGAUCGCUUUGGGGAAGAUGCUGGCUAUGCUAAACGGGUCCUUCUAAUUUAUGAUGGUAUUCACUAUGAUCCACUUGAGCGCAAAAUACCCAACUCAGACAUUCCUCCCCAGACAAUUUUUACUGCAUCGGAUGAUAUUGUCCUUGCACAGGCCUUGGAGUUAGCAGAUGAAGCCAGAAGAAAAAGGCAGUUCACCGAUGUAAACCGGUUUACACUGAGAUGUAUGGUAUGUCAGAAAGGAUUAACAGGGCAAGUGGAAGCCAGAGAACAUGCCAAGGAGACAGGACAUACCAACUUUGGAGAGGUGUGAAUUUUUGUGUGAGGUUGGUUUUACCUACUACCUCACUGAACAAGAACAAGCAUCCAGGUUUUACAUAAGCUGUAUUUAAUCAAGAAUUCAUUUAAAGCUUGAAGGCCCUAUUAACUUAAUUAUGAAUGAUGCUCACAGGUUUGCUGUGAUUAGUGUGAGUUUACAAGUGCGUAUAGAAUGGUGUCACAUCGUUCCAACUGAUUCGAGUGUUCUUUUGUAUGACUAAGAGAACAACACAGCUGCUCAUCAAAUGCUGCAUCAGUUCUUGAUAACUGCUGGUGCAAGAAUUCUCUUGUGACAUAUCUUGGUUAAUACACACACAUACACUAUUGUGGCUAGACUUGUGUAUAGAAUUUUAGAAUCACUGAUGGAAUAAAGGUCUCAGCUCAUCUACUGAGGUCUUGAUCUACUGAAUAGAUACAGUGGUCCCC